CUUUUUUUUAGUAGUAUCAAGAGCUUCCCAGGAGAGGAAAAAAUAUUGUCGGCUUGUCACAAUAAAUUCCAGCGGCACAGAACAUCUGUUUAGAAGAAUUGCAAGGUCUGUGUGAAGAGCAAAAGAGAGGGGAAGCACAGUAUGUGUGUGGUUUUGGUGUCUCUGACUCCAUAAGGACAGAUCCAUUCAGCUGCUUCAGAGUUGUGUGAAGGAAAACCAUUCUGGCUUGAGAUACUGGAUUGAUCUGGCACUCCAAAAGGGUGAAUGAAAUGAGCUCUUUCGAUUCUAGUAUUUGAAAAGCUAAGUAAUUCUCUGGAAGAAUUGUUCUAAAUGAGCCUGGUCAAGAUACUGGAUCUGUGUGAAGAGGACUAAGGAUACAAUAGGAUGUCAACUGAGACAGAACUUCAAGUGGCUGUUAAAACCAGCACAAAGAAAGAGUCUAAAAAGAAAGGUCAGGAUCGUAGUGAAGCAACUUUAAUAAAGAGGUUUAAAGGCGACGGUGUUCGAUACAAAGCAAAACUCAUUGGGAUAGACGAAGUCUCUGCAGCGCGAGGUGACAAGUUAUGUCAAGAUUCCAUGAUGAAAUUAAAGGGAAUUGUUGCUGCAUCUCGUUCAAAAGGUGAACAUAAACAGAAAAUAUUUCUAACCAUUUCCUUUGGAGGAAUCAAAAUCUUCGAUGAGAAGACAGGACUACUACAGCACCAUCAUGCAGUACAUGAAAUUUCAUACAUCGCAAAGGAUAUCACAGACCAUCGGGCCUUUGGAUAUGUGUGUGGAAAGGAAGGGAAUCAUAGAUUUGUGGCAAUAAAAACAGCCCAGGCAGCAGAACCUGUAAUUUUGGAUUUGCGAGACCUCUUCCAACUUAUUUAUGAGUUGAAACAAAGAGAAGAAUUGGAGAAGAAGGCACAAAAAGAUAAACAAUGUGAACAAGCUGUAUAUCAGGUUCCUACUAGCCAAAAGAAAGAAGGUGUUUAUGAUGUGCCAAAAAGUCAACCUGUAAGU